CCCGAAAGUGUUCAAAAUCCCCACGGACCUCAAUAGCAGCAGCAAGAGCCGCGAGAGCAGUCGAAAUCGUGCAGUACUUACACAAACAUGGCCUUACAAACCGAUUCCGUUCCUGGAACGUCGCAUGGGUUGGACCUUCCCCCAAAAGUGACGCUGGUUUUCGACGGUGACGAUUCAUUAGACGAAGAGCCUGCCUUCCUCAUGGAAGUCAGCUCAUUUUUCGAAACAUUGUUCAGAUCUGAUCUUUACGAUGGGAGCAGGAGCACAAUCGACCUCAAGAAAUUCAACGGAGCUGCCGUGAGGUUAAUUUUAGAGACACUGAGACGAGGUAAAAAUGCUGGGAUGACCAUCCGAGAUUCUGUCGUGCAAAUCAUGUCAUCGGAGAUUUUCCAAGAUCUCAAGAUGUUGUUGAUCAAAGCAGAUUUGGAGGAGCUUACGAUGUUUUGCAAGUUUGAAAGCAUCGAUCAGAUUCAUGCUUUCAAGACGCUUGCCGAGCACCUCGAGAAUAAAGCGCUGAAAAUGUGUUGGCUGAGAAAGGUUUGCGGAAUUUUCCCCGAGUACCGCAAAACCAAACAUUUCAAAAACCUGAGCUUCGACGAUCUGAAAUUAGUUCUGGAAAACCAGUAUCUCGACUACCCCAACGAAACCCAGAUUCUCAGAGGCGUCCUUGGAUGGAUCAACAAGGACAUAGAAAGGAAAGAAAAGCAUUUCAUCCGCGCCCUUGCCUUGAUCAACUGGACCAAGGUGUUUCCCAAUCAGAUCAAAUUCUUGCUUUCCAAAUCGAAAAUUGUCAAGAAGAGCGACAAGCUAAAGAGAACCAUAGCAAAAUUCUCCUUAAGCAAAAAGUUGAUACUCAGCAUCAAUGCGGAAAAUAAUGCGAACGGGAUGCGGGUCAGAGAAAAAUAUUCGAUCGUGCCAGUAGGAAGAAAGAAAAAUUCCAUCGCUCUCAUCAUUCAAAUUGAUUUCUUCUACUUGGACGUGCACUACGUCGGCGCCUUCUUGUACGACUAUGCAAGCUUGCAAAUCAAAGAUGUCGUCUACGCUUCCAAGGAAGACAUUACUUUCGAAAUGGAGUUCGACAUUUACGAUUUCAAGUGGUACUUGUUUGGAAGAAACGUGAAAGGGGAUGCCCUCUUGCCGCAUCCGUGUCAGGUGAAAACGCGCCAAAUGCUAGGCAGUGCCGAAUGGACGACCAUCGGAGGAUUCGGACCUGUUUACCGACACCACGUGCAAGGCAAAACGAAGGAAGAACUGGCUGAAAUGCCCGUCAGCAAGGCGUAUAGAGUAGAACGUCCAUCGGGAUCGAGAAAUUCUGGGCUUAACAUGAAUUCCAGAGAGGUGCCAAAUUCCGGGAUAAAAACCGCAGAAGAACUGGCCAACGACGAGGAUGAAAGCAACCAAGACGCUCCGAUCAAUGUGCAGAGGAGUGGCCGCCACUUCUACGUCUUCAGCGUUGGAUGCGACGUCUUUGACACAGGCAAAAACUCAUCAGAAGUGCUUUGGCCGAAAGACGGUUGCGACUCGUCCCACGUGAAGUUCCCUUUUAUAUACAGUGCAUGCAGAUCACCCCAAAUGAAGGUGAUAGCUUUCAACAUCGAAAACAAACAAGUUACGAGUAAUACAUGGCAACGAGAACCAGGUAUAACAUUUUGGCCACGACGAAGAGUUAGGCAACCAAGAAGAGUAAAUCAUGUACCCCGAAUUGAUUAUUGCAAUUUCAUUACAACAGCCAUACCAAGUUUCUUUCUGGCUGAAAAAUACAAGACAAACCUUAUCGAAAUGGAAUUUAUUAAAGAAUACAACGAAAUUACGAUGACACAACCGAAAAUUAUGGUCGACAACCCAAUCCUCCAUCUGUUUGAUCAUGAAGAUUGCAUAUACAUUGUGCAAUCGUUCGACGAGCUGGGGAAAAACCGAUACAAGUUGAAACAAAUUGUCUCAGCAUCCACAAAAAAUAUUAACUCCACUACCACCGAUUUGGGUGACUUGGAUUUGCUGAUCAAAGAAAAGCUUUCCAGCCAUUUCAACGACUCCGACGGCAAGACUUUGAAGAUCAAGUCGCACAAAAAGUUUAAGCUUGUCAACUCAGCCUGGGUUGUGUAAACCCUUUUAGAUUCUGCAGAGUAGCAGAUGAUUAUUUACAUUACAUUAUUUUACUUGCAUUUAUUCAGUCGAUUUAUAAGUCGAUUCAGAACACACAAAGAAUAAAAAUAAAAUAAUAGCAUAUUAUAUUGCGUUUCAUCCACUUGUGAGGAACUUUUUUGCUCCAUUGUUUUUGUGAAAUCGAGAAAUUCUUCAGAGAAUUUGUUAGAAUGUGUAGCGGACGCGGAGCCAAACUCCUACUCCUUUUUCAUUUUUGGUUC